AUGCGUGUCUUACUAGUAAUAUUGAUGCUUGCGACUGCAGUUGUUCUCAUCGUAACCAUGACAGUUAUACUGGAAAAUAUAAACAGGAAACCAAAAAAUAGGUUCCCAGACUCAUCCGACGAUAGCUCUGGGGGCCUUGGCAAAGGAACCGGGUCUGGAGACUCCUGGAAUUAUUCGCCUGACUCUAGUACUUCAUUAACUGAUUUAGAAGAUGGAAUGCAAAAAUAG